UGUAAUACAACAUACACGGGAUAAACAAGUAGAUUACUUUCGACACGUAUAAAAGAACACAAAAAAUUAAACCGCAACAACCCUUCAGUGAUACAUGAACACUGUUUAACUAAUGACCAUGCAUUUGAUUUUGACGAAACGAUAAUAUUAGACAAAGAGCCAUUUUACAUGAGACGAUUGGUCUCAGAAAUGUUACACAUAAUUGAGCAGAGGAAUGGUAUUAACCUCCAGACAGACACAUUAUUGCUUGGAGAUUCAUAUCUUCCUCUGCUAGAAAAAUUAAAGAAUUUAAAAUAACACGUAAAAACAUUCUCCUCGAUGAUUCGUCCAUGAUAUUGUCUCUUACCAAUCACACUUUUCUCAUUGGAAAUGACUCUUACACAUCACGUUACAUAUAUACAAACACAAUUAUGAAACACCGUCAGUAAAACACGAACUUAACGACCUCACACAUCGAUAACUCUGUAAACGUUUUAUGUGUCCAACGUUCUCUAUAUCGCAAGUUCAGACAACCUUUCCGAUACCAAAAGAAGUAUCUGACUGCUGACACGUGCCAUGUUGAAGACACGGUGGACAUGUGAGACGUAAUACUAUCGACUCCGAAUUGCGCAAUUAUCGUGAAAUUCAACUAAUAUGUCAUACUAACGAAAUGAAACCUGGACGUUUUUAAGCAUGCACAAUAACGUUGAGAUCAAAGCCGUAAUUCGCGAUGUUGAGCGUACCGUCGCGAGAGCCAAAGAGCUGAGCGAUGCCCCUCAGACUAUAAUCGAGCAGCACGAUAUAUUUUUCAAAACAGAUGAAGGAAGGUUGAAAUUGCGAAAGUUUAAGGACGGUACUGGACAAUUAAUUUCGUAUAAGCGACCUGACGUCACGGGACCAAAAUUGUCUACUUACGAGCUGGUAGAGAUAAACCCAGAUAUGGUAAAACUUGUCACGGAGAAUUUGUCCCGAUCCAACGGUGUGCUAGGAGUCGUUAAAAAGACGAGACUCUUGUUCAAGGUCGGGCAAACUCGAAUACACAUUGACCAAGUCGACGGUUUAGGUUCCUAUUUAGAAUUAGAGGUAGUGAUGCAACAAGGUCAGGACGUAGAAGCUGCACAGAAGAUCGCUAAUGAUCUCAUGCAAGCACUGUUCGUAAAAGGAGAAGAUCUAAUCGCGCAAGCGUACAUAGAUCUGCUGAAUUCCAAGGAAUAAGGGUUUCGUUUGUGCUGCUUCCCCAUAGAAAUGUAAAAAUGAUUCGUCUGUUCGCUCCAAGAUAUCAAGGUAUAAAACUGAAUAAAGAGAUAUUUUUGACAAUAAA